UUGACGCGGAUGUAACCUGUAAAGAUAGCACCACCUCCCGAUCCUUUUGUUACCCUGUGAUACCCUUGUAAUUUGUACAUACGUUUACUGAUUUCAGGGGAGAAGUUGCUUCUUCAGAUUCACCAUCACUUCUGACGGGACCCUCCGGAGGAAAAUAAUCAAUUGAAUAUUGAUACACACCCAACUAAAAAGUAAUUUCACAGGGACGUCACAAUGCUACGGAUUUACUUGUGCUUGAGUGUUGUCGUCAACAUGGCCGUCUCGCAGGAGGCUGAGGAACCCAUCUCAUACACGUGCACAGAUGGCUAUACAUUUGACAUGGAACGACAAGAAUGCAAAGACAUCAACGAGUGUACCACGGUGCCCGACGCCUGCAAGGGCGGCAUGAGGUGCAUCAACCAUUUCGGAGGCUACUUCUGCCUGCCCCAGAAUGCCCAGAUUAUCGUCAGUAAUGGUGACGACGAGCCCACCGUGGCCCCUCUGGUGGAGGAACAGCCUCCUCUGGCACCCGCCCCUGCUCUACCUGUCCGACGGGUCAUCCAGAGCUCCUUCCAAAGCCAGGGCACCAUGCAGUGUGCCGCGGGGUUCGUGUUGGACGAGCUCAACUACUGCCGUGAUGUGAACGAGUGUGAGGGGAGCAACCCCUGUCAGCACCAGUGCUACAACAUCAUGGGGUCCUUCAUCUGCCAGUGUGAGCAGGGUUAUGAUCUAGGCUCUAACCAAGCCUCCUGCCAAGAUAUCGACGAAUGCGCCUUCUCGAGUUACAUGUGCCAGUGGCAGUGCGUGAAUCAGCCCGGAGGAUAUGUCUGUGCCUGUCCCGAGGGAUACCAGCUCCAAGGCAACCGAAUGUGCCAAGACAUAGAUGAGUGUGAAACAGGAAACAACUGCCGCGAGGACGAGAUGUGUUGGAACUACUUUGGCGGUUUCCGCUGCUACCCCAGGAACCCUUGCCAUGAGCCCUAUGUGAAGACAGGAGAGGGGCGUUGCAGCUGCCAGUCGCCCACAAUGUGCAGAGGCCUGCCGCCGUCCAUCGUCUACAAGUACAUGAGCAUCUCGUCGGAGCGCUCCGUCCCAGCCGACAUCUUCCAGAUACAGGCCACGAGCGUCUACCCUAACAUGCACAACACCUUCAGGAUCAAGUCUGGCAACGAGGGAGGGGAGUUCUUCCUCAGGCGCUCCAGUAACGUCAGCGCCAUGCUGGUGAUGACCAAGCCGCUGACCGGACCGCGGGAGCACGUGGUCGACCUGGAGAUGGUCACCCACAACAAUGCCCUCAACUACCGCUCCAGCUCUCUGCUCCGGCUCACCAUCAUCGUGGGACCCCAUGCCUUCUAAAUUCCAGUUCUAAAUUGCUCUCAGGCACUGAUCUUAGAUCAGUUUACCUGUCCCCAUAUCUCGUAUUAUCCAUUAGUGGAUCAAAUGCAAAACUACUCAGCCCUCUUACUCCCUGCCAGAGCCUCACAAGGCCUAACACUCUCUGUACUGCUUGGAUCUAAUAGAGAUAUCCACAUACUCCCUGCAAGGGUUUCCCAUUCCUGGUCCUUGUCCCGUGUUGGCUAGUUUUCAUUCAAAUUGAUGGCUGUAUAAAUUGGGAUUGAAGGUAUAUUGUCUAAUCUGCUGGUUGAGCACUGGACUGGGUGAAAUUGUUUUGGUUUAGCUCAAAAGUGUGUAUUCCUUUCUUAGAGAAGGAACCAUUGGGUAAUUGCAGUGAAAACCAACACACACACACAGAGUACAUACUGUAGGAGCAGGAGGGUGAAAUAGCCAGGCCACAAAAUCGUCACUUUAUGCAUCACUGGCUAACGAUAACAUUGUAAGAGCAUAACGUGACUUAAAUUGAGCACAACUCCUUCUUAUUCAUCCCUUGCUAAAUGUACGUAUUGCACUGUAGUGGGAGAAUGAGUUCUCGUCACAUUGAAAUGUCAACCUUAGGCUAGUCAAGAUGUGUUUUCCUGCAGAGAAAUGACCAGUGUUUGAAAUCACACUUGUUCUUUU